AUGGCCCACGCUUUGUCUGAUGACAGCAGCGCGGCUUCAGGAGAAGAUCUGUUGAUGGAUAUUUCAAACAUUCUCAACACAGGACUAGACAGAUCAUCUCUUUCGAUUUUGUUCGAAAUGCUGCAACAAGGUGUCCACCCCGAGGCCCUAGCGCGGGUUGUCUUGGAGCUCGACAAGGCCCUUAUAGACGUAAAGAAGAAAGAGGAAACAGGAACGCGACCAUCAGAGAGGCUGUCCUAA